AUGCAAGGCAAAAAUCACUUAAUCAGUAUUAUAAUACCAAUAUACAAUGGGGCCCCUUGGAUAAAGCGUUGUUUCGAAAAUAUACUCAAACAAACGGCUAUUGGUGUCCUGAACUUGGAAAUAUGCGUUUGCGACGAUUGCAGUACUGAUGGCACACCCGAGUUGCUAAACGAGUGGAAAAGUACUUUUGAAAACUUUGGGGUGCCUUUCAAAAUAUUCAGAAAUGAAGAUAGUACAAAAGGAGUUGGUUGUUCUAAAAAUCGUGCAGUUGCCAUCAGUUCUGGAAACUUUUUGUGUUUCCAAGAGAUUGACGAUGUUAUGUUACCAGACAGAAUCAUGAAACAAUAUGAAAAAGCUAUUGAAGAAAGUUAUGAUACAAUUGUUGGUUGUCAAUUUAAAAGAGAUCCUCAAAACUCAACCAUAAGAUACACGAAAUGGGCCAAUUCCCUUACCAAAGACCAACUCAAUUUACAAGUGUUCACAUCUCAUGGGCCUACUGUGAUAAUGCCAACAUGGUUUUGUCAUAGAAAUGUUUAUCAAAGAGUAGGUGGCUUCUUCGAAAGCAAACAAGGUUGUCCUGAAGAUUUGGUAUUUUUCAACAAGCAUUUGGAUUUGGGCGGUAAAGUGGCUAGAGUUGAUGAAAUCUUACUUAUCUAUACAUUCCACAUGAAUCAAACUACAUUUUCAAUAGAAGAAGAAACCAUCUGGACAUUGAGAGUAGAACGUCUGGAAACAAUAAUGCUAACCAAAUGGACACAAUUCACAAUAUGGAACGCAGGCAAACAAGGCCGAAAGUUCUACAAUUCACUAUCCCAAGAAAAUAAAGAUAAAGUGAGGGCGUUUUGCGAUGUUGACCUGAACAAAAUUGGCAAAAAAUAUAGCGCGUCUGAUGACAAUCAAGGCAAGGAGGUUGAUAUAAUUCAUUUCAAAGAUGCAGUGCCUCCUUUUGUGAUAUGUAUAAAAAUUGAUUUAACCGAAGGAGUUUUUGAAAACAAUUUGCGCACCCUCAACUUGAAAGAAGGUCAAGAUUAUGUGAUGUUUAGUUAA